AUCCCUGCCCGCACUGCGCAUGCUCUGUACAUCCUCACCUCCAUCCACACGUCGAGGGACUUGGAAGCUUGAAUAAAGAUGCUCAACGUCUUGGGUUGCUGGAGCCUUGUCACCGGGUGAAACUGAGUUGUCAGGAAGAACGCACGGAGAGGAAACACGCAGAGGAAACGUUAGAGACUCUAUUUCCUAGUAAAGGCACGCACGCGGGCACCUCACUGAGAUGGAAAUGAAGAAAUCUAUUUCGGACACCGAGCGCGCGCUCAAGAGCUACGGCGCCGUGUCGGAAACUGCAUGGACCACGGACAAAGGUCAUUCAGACGUGUCCAUGGCAGAGAGCACCAUGGCUCCAGAGGAGAUCGAGGUGGAGAUGGCUCGAAUCCAGCGCCUGCGAGAGGUCCUGGUACGCAGAGAGUCGGAGCUGCGCUUCAUGAUGGAUGACAUCCAGCUCUGCAAAGACAUCAUGAGUUUAAAGCAGGAGCUGAGACAGAUCGUGUCAGUACCAGAAAAAGAAAAAAACAAGAAGCACCGGCAGCGGGAAGAGGAGCUGAUCCUGAAGAUCCAUAAACUGGUGCAGAAGAGGGAUUUCCUGGUGGAUGACGCAGAGGUGGAGAGAUUAAGGGAGCAAGAGGAAGACAAGGAGAUGGCCGAGUUCCUCAGACUGAAGCUGAUGCCUCUGGAGAAAAAGCUCAAAGCUUCACAAAAUGCUGCAAAGCCCAAGAGACAAAUCCCAGAGCCACCUCCCAACAAACCGUCCAUCACCAAGUCAGGAGCAGCCAUCAUUAAGGAUUGUUGCGGAGCCACCCAGUGUGCCGUCAUGUAACUGAAACAGACCUCUGUGUGACCCAGUCCACCCGUCAGAAACAAAACACUCGUCACAUGACAUGCCAUACACCACUUCCUGUUACUCAGAAAAUCUCUGCUGUUUCCCUCCCAAGUCUAUUCAGGAGACAGAUUUUAAUUUGAUCACAGAUGAAAAAUUGAGAACUUCUCAUUAAUCCCUUGAGAGCAGAUUUGCAUGAAGGAGCUUGUGUUGUUGAGACACCUGACAACAGGGGUAAUGAGGAGAGGACUGUAAAGGGGAUUCUGAAUGAAAAUCUGUUUAAUAGACAUGUUCCAUUUUAAUUAAGAUAAAGACACCCAACAUGCAACAUUCUUGUGAGAUGACAAUAUAAUCUGCUGUCAUGUGGUUUAAUACACAACUACGAGCACAAUGUAUAAAGAGAGAAAUACAAACGCUGGGGUUCUCUGUCUGACAGGAAGACACCUGUCAGCAUCUAACCAUGUUUGAUUCUUAUUAUUUCCCCUUUUAACUUCAACCGGUGAUGCUCUGACACAGGUGGGAUAAAUAAUAUGGCUGGUAAUUUUAAACUAAUGAGACGAACUGGAGAAGGGUGGCAGCAGUGACUGUUUUUGUACUGUAGCUGAGCUUUUAUCUUCUUCUCUGCCUGAUAUUAUGUAAGAUCUACUAAGUAGAAAGAUAUGGGGAAAAAUGGUGGUGGUCAGUAAAUAAAAACAAAACCAAAGUGUACAAAAGGUACUUAAUUGGAAGAACUUGACCCCAUAAAUGGAAAAGUACAUUUAGCCCAAUCAUAUCCCAUAAUGUGGUUUAAAAGAAGUCUGUCAAAAAACACAUGGAAGAUCACAAAAUGUUAGACAAUGAGCAGAACUUCUUAGAGGCAGAAACUCAUGGGUAAAAAGGCAGAAUAAUCCAGAUUUCUUCUUAGAUAAAUAACAUGAUCAGACAUUUGAACUCUAAGAAUGUUUUAAUGAACAGUCAGAUGUGAUUUAAGACUUUUUAACCUCCUUCUUCAUUGAUUUUACUUUGUAGAGACAGGCUCAAUGGCAUCUGCAAUCUUCUGCAUCCCACUUUUUCAGCAUUGUUACCUGAAGUUGAAAAUUGUAUUUAUUUAUUUUUUACUUUCAUUUGUUGAGAUAUAUUUACUUUUUUCUCAGUCACCAUGUCACUGGACAUACUCAUCUCAGCCAUCCGCUGCCAGAAAAUCUGACUCUGGUGAUGUGACAUCAUUCCUAAUUAUAAUUAUGGAUAUUGCUGACAAACAGCUUGCAUCCUCUGAAUUUAGUCUUGCAUUUUUAUUAUAAACUACAGGAAGUGAAUGCAAUUCUCUUGUAAAUGCCUAUAAUAGACCGUGUAUGUUUGAGUGUAUUUAGGACAUUAGUGACUCAUGUAAAGCAAAGUGUUGCUCUUUGUCCCGUUCCCUUCCCUCUUUGAAGUUCUUUGGUAGUUGUGAAUUUAUGAAGGUCCUAACGUUGACUACUGAACACAUAUGCAGAAAAUUAACUAAAACUACCUGUACAUAUAUGUUUGAAUAAAGAGCAUCUUUCAGGAA